GUUUGGUAGCUGUUGUCUGCCGCAUCCCCAUUUUGAAACUCUCUUCCAUUUCACACCCCCCGAUCCAUUUCCUAUAAAAUCGAAACCUACCCAUUUCUUCUCUCUUCACUUACGACCUUCUCCACCAGAUAGAAAAAGGAAGAGGAAGAAGAAAGUGCAAUGGCGGUCAGUUCUAGAGGGAAAAUGACAGAGUUCGGGGGGAUUGUUCCAAGGAAGUGGAAUGACAGGAAAAUAAGCCCAGAAAGAAACAAAGUCAGGAUUAAACCCAAGCCUCACAACAACAAGUCUUCCAUUUCUGAAAGAAAAGUUGCUGUUGUUUACUAUUUGUCUAGAAAUGGUCAGCUUGAACAACCUCAUUUUAUGAAAGUUCCUCGCUCUUCUAAUGAUGGACUUUAUCUCAAAGAUGUAAUCAACCGGCUAAACCUACUUCGAGGCAAAGGCAUGGCUAGUCUGUACUCUUGGUCCUCCAAACGUAGUUACAAAAACGGAUUCGUUUGGCACGACUUAGCAGAAAAUGAUUUCAUUAACCCAUCUCACGGCGAAGAAUACAUUCUCAAAGGAUCGGAGAUUGUCGACCACAGUAUCAACUCUCAAGCACUCGACCUAACGUCGUCGUCUUUUCGAUUACCGAAACCUUCGGAGUCUCAAAAGUCAGGGAGUGAGCGUGAGUUUAUGUCAACGAGACGGCGUAGAAAUCAGUCUUGGAGUUCCAUUGAUCUCCAUGAGUACAAAGUUUAUAAGGCUGAAUCGAGCUCCGAGUCAGCCCGAAGACUCGCUGCUGCUGAUUCGUCGACUCAGACUGAUGAUAAGAGGAGAAGAAGAAAACCGGUGGUCAAGGACUCGGAAAUCGAAGAGAUGCAAAGUACUGAAAGUCAAAGUCGAAGUCAGGAGUUGGAGCAGAACCAUACGACGGAGCUGAGUAGGGAAGAGAUUUCACCUCCACCGUCGGAUUCAAGUCCGGAGACAUUGGAAACCUUAAUGAAAGCCGAUGGACGGUUGAGAUUGGGCAACGGUGAUGGGAACGAAGAUAGCUUGAAUCGUAGGGCUGAGAGUUGCCCGAGUGGGAGGAUUAAGGCGUCGUCCGUUUUGAUGCAGUUGGUAUCGUGCGGUUCGAUUUCGUUUAGGGACUGUGGAGCCAGCACAGAGGAGGAGGACCAAGGGUUCUCAUUGAUUGGACACUAUAAAUCGAGACUACCACGCGGAGCGGGGAAUUGUAGCCAGGUGGGAAAAGAAGCAGGGAUCGAGAGGGAACUUGGGAGUUUCUCAAGGGUAACAUUGGAAGAUAAGGAAUAUUUUAGUGGGAGCUUGCUUGAGACCCAGAAAGAGCAGAUCCCUAACUUGAAGAGAUCUUCUUCUUACAAUGCUGACAGCAGGAGCGCGCAGUUGCAGUUGGCCGGAAAGGAGAUGGAUGGAGUGCGUGCAAAGUGCAUACCAAGGAAGCCUAAAACUUCAUAAUCAAAGAAAGAAGACAACACUGACACGGACGACAUCAGUGCAAGUAGCAGCUAUAAUCAAGCAAUAAGCAGAAGAGAAUGUGUAGAUCAAAAUUAGCUCUUGGUAAAUUAGUUACGCGAAUUGUAGUAGUUUAUAGUUUCGUACCAAACAGUGAGAACCGAAUGACGAGCGCAAUCUUUGCGACAAACGCGUUGCAAGUGAAGCAUCGGCAGAUGAGCCCUCGCAAUGAGAGGAGCAGUAGGGUUGGGCGAUUGAGAAUCUUGGAAACGACCUUUUUUUAAGGGUUUAAAUUGUCUACUUUCAGUUUGGAGCUUUUGGUGGUGGCUAAGUGGGUUCAUGUUUUCCUUAGUUUCGGUGCAUUGGCAUUAACAUAUAGUAGUUUUAGGCCAUUUCCGACUCUAAUUUAGUUUGAUAUUGAAAUGAAAUUUCAUCCUACAUGUUAAUCGUUA